CGCUUCCGCAUUGGACGAAAGUUUUCAAAGUUUAGUAUAAAAGUAGGUUUAUGUCUCAAAAAUAGGUAAAAUCGUUUGUUCGAUUCGAUCAAACAAGAGCUAUGGGGAAUUGUGUUUAUGGACCGUCCGAUCAUACCGUAUUUGUCAUCACUGGGGACAGAAAAGGCGCCGGGACAGAUGCUAACGUAAAAAUAAAACUUUUUGAUGAUAAAGGUCAAAUAUCACCUGAAAUUCCCCUAAAUUGUUAUUACAAAAAUAACUUUGAAAAGGGUAAAACUGACAGUUUCCAAGUGCCAAGAAUUGCCAAAUUUGGCUGGAUAAAUAAAAUUGAAUUUUGGCGAGACAAUGCAGGAGUUGAACCCGAUUGGUUCGUUGACAGGUUUGUAGUUUACGACACCCGAAAUGACAAAUACAGUUAUUUCCCAGUUUUACGAUGGAUAAAAGCAGAUCAACAUUAUACUAUACAACAUCUGGAUACGUCUCUACCACAGCAAGAUGAAUAUCCAGAACAACGCAAGAAAGAGUUGGACGAAAAAAGAGAAAUAUAUCGCUACAAGCAAAAUUUCCAAGGAGGGCCAAUGCAGAUUUUGGAGCUGCCAGAUGAUGAGAAGUUUUCUAAUGAUUAUCUGUGGGACAUUGUACGACAGAAGGCGGAGCUCUUGGCAGUCAGCAAAUUCCGCUCAGUUACAACUGGCAACUGGGACACAUUGGACGAUCUUAGGAAUAUAUAUGGGGACCCCAUGCCUGAACCUGUGGGCAUCAUGAAGUACGCUAACGACCUUUGCUUUGGCAACCAGAGAGUGGCAGGAUGUAAUCCAAAUACCAUUAGACUUUGUACAGAACUUCCCGACAACAUGGCCGUGACACCAGAAAUAUUACGUCCAUUUUUGGAAGGUUGGCCCUUACCGCAGAUCAUUGAAGCUAAAAGAUUGUUCAUAGUGGACUACAAAAUACUACAGGAUCUCCCUACUGUGAAUAACAACCCAUUGUGCCAUCCAAUCGCAUUGUUCUUCCUGACUGGAGAGAAAGAACUGUUGCCAAUAGCGAUACAACUAAAACAAAAGAUGGGUGCAGAUAACCCUGUAUUCUUCCCAAAUGAUCCACCAUUCACAUGGCUUAUGGCAAAAAUGUGGUUCAAUAAUGCAGACGCCCAAUAUCACCAGGCCAUAUGUCAUUUAGGAUACACUCGAAUGUUACCAGAAUCAAUCGCCAUAGCAACCAAGGCAAACUUAGCCCUUAAACAUCCCAUUUUUAAACUUCUUGCCCCUCAUUUAGAAAACUACCUCCCUUGCAACUGGCGUGGUAUGGAGAAGCUAAUUGGAGAGGGACAAUGGGUGGAUAAAGUGAUGACUAUAGGACGUGUUGGGAUGUUAGAGCUCAUAAAAAGAGGUCUGAAUACUUGGAGGAUGGAUGUUCAGGGAACUUUACCUAAAGAUCUUGAUAAUAGAGGGGUUUUAGACCCCAAGGUGCUACCCAACUAUUAUUUUAGGGAAGAUGCAAUGCUGUUACACAAAGCCAUCACAACAUAUGUCAAGAAAAUAGUCUCACAUUACUAUGACAUUCCAGAGAAAAUAGCUGAGGAUACAGAGCUCCAGGAGUGGGGUGAAGAACUAGCUAGACCCAAGAGAGAGGGAGGUCUCGGUUUGAAGGGUGUUCCAAACAAUGGAAAAUUUGAGACGAUAGAAGACUUAAUGUGUGUGUUCACUUGUAUAAUCUACAUGUGCAGUGUCGCCCAUGCUGCUUCUAACUUUUCGCAAUACGACGAGUAUGCAUUCCCGCCAAAUUAUCCAGCAUACAUCAGUGGUACACCCCCAACUGAUAAGACACCUCUGUCUGAAGAGGACAUAGUGGCAGCUUUACCAGACAAACAGCAUACCCUGGAUAUCAUGACAGUGACAAAGGUCCUCAGUAGCAAAGGGACUAAUUCUCUGGGGCACUUCGAAACACAAUUUCAAUAUGAUACAGCUGCAAGAAAAGCUGAGGAAGAUUUCAAGAUUGAAUUAAAGAAGAUCAGUGAAAUGAUAAGAGAGAAGAACAAUUCUAGAAGUCCUAGGUACAUGUACCUUGAUCCUGAACAAGUCCCUAACUCAAUUAGUAUAUGAUGUGGCAUUCCCUACGCAAGGUCGAGAAUUGAUGUGACAACCCCUGUAUAAGGUCAAGAAUUGAUGUGGCAACCCCUGUAAAGGGUCAAGAAUUGAUGAAGAAUUGAU